AUGGCGAGGAUGACGGUGGGCGUCGUCUUUCGACGACCGUCUGUUCUGCUACUCUUCACUCUCAUGACUUCUUUCCGAACAAGCCAUGCUUCCGGUUCCUUCGAAUUGCUUCCACGAAGCUCAAAUUCCUGCCCAAGCUCAUACGAUACCUGUGGAGGGAACCUACCCAGCGACUUUUGCUGUGCUUCAUCGUCAACCUGCAUCAGUCUGGACGAUGCCACCUCCGCCAUCUGCUGCCCAUCUGGGGCAAACUGCGACUAUAUCUCACCCAUCGUCUGUGACAUUCAACAACAGAACGCAACUGCCCAUCCCGAGAACUCUGUCAAGACGAGCCGGCUCGAUGAUAGCCUUCCGACUUGUGGGGACGCCUGCUGCCCAUUUGGCUACACCUGCCAAGGGAACAACACCUGCGCCCUGAAUAAAAAGACUUCCAGCAGUGCAACAUCCACAUCCUCUACCUCCUCUAGUGCCUCAACCACCUCCCCAUCAGCUACCUCCUCGGCCACCUCUGGAAUAACCUUCGCACCAGUCCCAUCAUCCUCUAUCUCUGCCGCCAAAGAAAAUGCCAAUGGUGCAACCCUCGCCUCCUCAUGUCCAUCAUUCCCGAGCAAAGCAAUAGCCGCCGGUUUCUUCCCAGGCGCCAUCUUCGGUGCCCUCGUCGCUCUCCUCAUAACCACCUGCCUUCGACGCCGCGCCCGGAAGAAGGAGCAAGGACAAGGAUGGGAGCCAAAAUUGAAAGCUUGGUCCCAACGCUCCUCUACCGGUGGAGUCGUGGGAAUUUCACGCCCAAUACACUCAGAAGACUAUGGCCGCUCAGACUUCCUACUUCAUCCUUCGCCUGUCAGGCGCAGCUAUGUCAGUGGACGCUCUACACGGUCAAGAUUGCACCGCACCGGAAGCAGAGUGCGAAGUCUCUUCUCGAACGGUACUCCCAGGUUGGAUAAAGAGAUCCCGCCCAUCCCGUCGUGUCCAGUCACUCCGCCGCCUCAACGAAAGCCCAGUACCGAAAGUAUCAAGGUCUACUCUCCACCGGGGGCAUUUGCACAGUCGCGCAAGUUUCUGGGACCGGAACCGUAUCCCAGUACGAUUGCGCGGCCGGAUACUACGUUUACGGAUUUGAUGCGGGUGGUAGGGUUCAAUGAUCCGAAGGGCAAUCCGUCUUACAAGGUGACGAAGGAAGAGGAGAAAUUUGAGAGCAAGACAGGCUGA